GUCAUGGUUGAAGGGUCCAGCCUCCUCCACCAUGUGACCAAGACAACUUCCCUUCCUCAUUGUCCAAUCCAGGCUCCCUCUCCCAACCCUGACAUAAAAGUUUUGUUUUCCUCAGAAGUGAAACUGAAAAGUCGGAGGAGGGGCUUAGCGUUUGGUAGGGAGGUUUGCCUGGACUUGUAGAGCCUGUAAGCAAUUCAAACAGACAGACCGACCGACUCAGAUCUGAACUGGAUUGGCCAUCAGCAGCAUCUUUUCUCAGUUUCCUCUGAGCUCUGAACACGCCAGAGCUGAUUGACUCACUGGAUUCUGUCUGAACUGGUGGAACUACUCAGAGAAAGUAGAUCCUGACAUUCUUGACAAAUCGUCUGGUUUUCCAUUCUAUUCAUCUCACGCUGCACCAUGGAAAAAAAGGUUUUCCGUCGUCAGCAUUUGAAGUUGGAAGACCUAAAAAGGCAACCUGAAGUUCCAGAAACAUACCUGGACAAAAUCAUCCCAAAAUAUCCCAAACCAGAGUUCCAUGUGAGUCUUCUGAAACAUGAAACUACAGGAUCAGCGCUACGUGAGAUCAGGAGGGAUGGGGGCUUCAGGAAUCCAUAUGAAAAAUCCCUGAUAUGGUGGAGUCUGGCUGUGGGACCAGACGAGAUAAAUAACGCAGAGAAGAGGCUCCUGGAAAAGAGUUUCUCAGAGCGGGAGAGAGUGGCUCCUGAGCAGCAGAGAUUCCUGUGGAAGUUUGCCACGUCUCCAGCCUUCAAGGAGAUGUCCCGGCUGGGCUCCUUCCGCUUCACCUUCCCCCUGCAGGAGGUGCUGACGGCCUAUAGAGACCAGAUUUGUUCUGGAGCUGAUCCAGUCAUGCGGGUUUUACGGACUGUUCUGCAUAAACAGGAAGUGCUUUAUGCUGUUCUGGUUCACAGUCCAGACUUAAAUGAGACAUUUUCUAAAUAUCCUCUACUGAAAGACGACCCGAACGCCGUCUGUGUCUACAAAGAUGGACAUUUCAUCUGGAGGUCAGAGGCCAUGUGUGAGACUCACUGGUAAGAACACAGA